UUUAUUUACUUUCCGAAUUUUUUAAAUAUCUAUAAGUAUAUUAAAUCAUGUUAAAAGAUUAAAUUUAUUCCAAUUUUUAGGAAUGCAUUUACUAACCAUGUUAUCUUUAAUACGACGCCUAUUAUUUGGUAUUGUAAUUAUCAAAGUGAACUAGAAGUUUAGCAUUUCGGUAAAAUGAAUAACUAUAAGAGCAAAUUAAAUUACGAUAGUCCGUGUGAUUCGGACAACGACUGGACUUCUUCAGAUGAUUCCAAAUAUUCGGACUCCGACAGUUCUGUUCCUGAAUGGGACUCGGAUGUCGGUGAAGAUGGAGAGCUUGUUUACAUUAAAGUGAAAGCCUGCAAUGAUGCUGUGGACGAUUCUAAGGCCCCUCUGUUGGAAAACUGUGAAGCAUUUAAAAGGAGAAAUAGUUUUAAGAGAACAUCUACAAGACGGUCAACUAAAGGAAGAAUAUUUAGAGUUCUAAAAAGUCAUAAAUCAAAACAGCUGGAUGUCUUUGGGCGAAAGAAAGAUGACCAGGGAGCCUCCACUCUUUCUGGUAUUCUGAAGAAAACUACUCUAGAGGAUAGCAAAAUAGUUAUUAUACAGGUCAGCAAAAACAUGAUGUUCAACAGUGAAAAGAAUUGCCAAAUAGAAAAAAUGUUUGGCAUCAGUCUAGAAACUAACUCAGAUGGAAAGAACCUCAUAGUAGCUGACUUCCUCCCUGAAGCCCGAGCUAUUUAUUCUCAGAAAGUUAAAAAAGGAUAUUUCUUACAGAAAAUAAAUAACAUUGAUGUUAAUGCGUACAAUAUCAACAGUAUUCUUCAAGUAGUUGCUGAUGAUUAUGAUAAUCCUAAACUUCAGUUUAAAGCUACUGAAGAAUCAUUAUUUGAUAUAGAAAAGCUUCUCACCACAAAACAAGCUCCGGAGAAUUCAUUAACACAAGUAUUGAAAGAUUCCAACUGUUCAGUUUUGUAUAUAUGCUGCAAUGACAUAGAAUACCAUAGUAAUGACGAUAAGGGAGUCCUAUAUUGCUAUCCAAGACCGUUUAAUCAAAACUUUCUUUACAAUACCCGAGGAGCGUAUGUGACUUUAAAUCAUUUAACUCCAAAAUCAUUAGGAACAAGUCCGCCUAUAACUUCUACAGUAAUACAUAAUAGUAAUCUAAUAAAUAUUGCCUACAUGGCUCAUUAUAGUGAUUUAUUAUUAGUAGCAUUUCCUAAUAAAGAAGUGGACUUAUUUGCUGCAAAGCGGGUAAUAAUUCAGAUAACAAGGAUAUUAGAAUUUUUGUAUGGUUCUUUAAAGGCUUGUUUUACUAAGCCUAAUAAUGUUGAUAAGCUGGAUAGUUUAUUUUCGCGAGUGUUUAUUAGUUUAUUGUUUGGUAAUGUGGAUAAAGAUACGGAUAAGAGUAAGGGGUUGUUUGUGGAGGAUGUUCUGGCGGCGCACAGUAUAACGUUGCCUCUAGAAGUAAGGAUACAAGUGGAUGACGCUAUGACGGAGUUGCAGGCGGCAGAUUACAGAGAAUGGACUGAUGACAUUGAAAAUUUUCAAAGGCUAUACACAGUGAUCGGAACCUGUUUGUAUUACUCAGGCCACCUACUAAGUUCUCACGUACAAGACGAAGAUUUGUUCGAAAUCAACGCAUUUUUGAAACUCAACGGUAUUUUGAAGUUGAGCGCGGAGAAGGAACUGGAAAAGCUUAUUAUCUGGAAAGAGGUUUAUAUACAUGAACAUAGGAAGAACAAAAAUGAUGGCAAUGAAUACAGAAUUCCAGAUGGGCGAUGGUUCCUGCUUGUGGCCGGAAGGGGGCACUUUAUUCUGGCUACUUUAAUGGAGGCUGGGGGAUGUACUGAAGAUGCUAUAGGCAUCACCCCGCCAUCUCCCUUCUACGUGGAAGAAUGCGAGAGCUGUAUAGAACUGCUAUACGACGUAGGGCUAGACAAGUACCUCUCUACCUGGCUACGGUCUAACACGCAACCCCAACUAGAAUGCUCACCGGAGUGUUUGACCAAGCAAGGGAAGAAAAUAAGUCAAAAAUCCGACGGCACUCUAAAACCCUCAACUCUCAAACUGCCAAAAGACCGUCGUCACUACUCGACCGAACAUAUCAACUCUGGUUCGACGGAUUCCGUCAACUAUGGGAGUCACCACAGUUUGUAUGGGCAGUGGUAUAACGGGAAGCGACAUGCGAGCAACUUGGACGUCAGUUACUCUGAAGACUCGAACAGUUUGAAAAGCAAUAGCGAAAAGAGCGAAGAGCGCAUACAAGGACGGAGAGCUGAUCGGGAAAGGAACCGCCGGGAUUCCUCUGGUUCUGAUUCCGAUUGGGACAGACAGGAUAGCAGCAGAGCUAGUGGGAGUAUUGACGCGUCAGACAUCAGAAAAUCGUUGCUCAAUGAAAUUGACCAUGUCACUGUUCAUAGAAUAACCGCAGGCGAUGAGAACGUACUAUUCCAUUUCCUACAGUUAGAAUCCGCGAAGGGCAUCCUCAUAGCUCCAGUCAAAAGUAUAGAGAUACAGGCUAACAACGCGCUAUACACGCACAUAGUACGCACUUUCCGGGCUGCGAGUAAACGGAUACAUGAGCUUUUACAGCAUAGUGUACGAUUUAAAAGAAACUACACGCCGCCUAACCCCAACAAAGUACUAGUGGCCGUGAAGGAGUACUCCAUGCUGUUUCGGGCGCCGCAGGCAGUCCUGUACCAGUGCGGGGUUAAAAAUCAGCCUUUUCACUUCUGGGUAGUCGGACGCGUAUUCAGCGAGCCGGAGCCACGCGAACUGUACGUUUGCUACCACGAAUCCGUGCCGCAGGAUCUCACCGAAAUCUCAUAUUUACUCUCCUAUUUAGAAUAAAUAGCGUUUUUGAUAUCGUUUUAAUAAAUCAGAUUACUCGACUCGUCUGUGUAGAAUAGAAUUUCUUUAUUCGCCAGGAUACGUACGAAUCUACGAAUACGGUAUUAACACAUUCGUGGACACGUAUGCUAUAGGAUACGCAUAGUCAUUUGUUUCCUUUGGUUUAUGACAGAUGACGUCACUAGCCGUCCGUGAACAUGUCACUAUCCGUCCAUGACUUAGUACUAAGAUGACUACAUUGAAGGUCAUGUAUAAAAGACAUGCAAACAAUUGACCAUUUCACGAUUUUGUAACUGUAGGUAGGUAUUAGGUACAAGAAGUGAACUUAAAAUAGUAUAUUUGAAAACCGCCAAACAUGAAGCUUAGAAUAAAUAUUACUUAAAUAAUGAGGUUAGUAUGUCACAUAUCCAUGACAUUCCUUAUGCUUCUUAAUUUACUCACAUGUGUUGUAUAAUUACCUAUAUUAAGAUUAUACAUACUAGCUUUUGCCCGCGGCUUCGCUCGCGUUAGAAAGAGACAAAAGCUCCAUCCCUUCACUAUCUCCAUUUAAAAAAUCACGUCAAUUCGUCGCUCCGUUUUGUCGUGAAAGACGGACAAACAAACAGACACACACACUUUCCCAUUUAUAAAUUUUAUAAUAUUAGUAUGGAUUUUUAUUCAUCAGUUAGUUUCUUUCAUACCAUACAUCUUCAUCUUUCAUACCAUAAAGUCAGGUCUAAUUGGUCUAAAGAAGAAGAAUGAAGCAAAAAACAGCAGAACUGUUGUUAGAAAUAGGCUAAAUACAUAAAUAUAAAAU